AUGGCGAACAGCUCCUAUGGCUCAAGGGAAGGGCUAACUAUCAGGCCUGCUGCAUCAUCAAGCUCUAGUGAGAUUUCGCUCCAGAUUCAGAUUGACCCAAUCAAUGCUGAUUUGGAUGAUCAUAUCCUCGGACUGCGUGGACAAGUCCGCAAGCUGAGAGGAGUUGCUCAAGAGAUCCAACCAGAGGUCAAGUAUCAAAAUGAUUUCAUAUCUCAGUUGCUAUGUUAUGUCCAAAAACAAAAGGAGUUCAAGGAAACAUGUGUUUUAGUGUCCUAUAUUUUGAAAUGA